UACUGUGCCAAUCACCAUCCAUGCGUGUGCGCUCUGUGGUUCCUGUUGUGACGGUUCAGCCGGUGAGGAUGACAGCCCGUGAGGUGUCGUACCGGGGCCAGGAGUUCGAAGAAUGACAACGGACGAAUGGAGAACGAACACCUGUGAUAUCUAAAGGCCCAGAGUCCCGACUGAACCAUGAAACUCGCCGCUGUGGCCUUUUACGGAUUCGCUCUGGGGCUUCUAGCGGUUGGCCUGCGAGAGUUGCUGACUGGCUUCGAGGAGAACCGAUGCAGUAUGACCUACAUGUUCGAGUACCCGGAGUACCGGCGCGUUGCUCUGCCUCGUCGGGUGGCCAGGCUGUACCCAGCAUACGGCCUCUACCUGUACGGGGAGGGUCUGUAUGCCCAGGAGACCCGCGCCCUCAAACUCACCGGUGCCCCUGUGCUCUUCCUGCCUGGAAACGCAGGCAGCCACAAACAAGCUCGCUCCCUGGGCUCGGUGGCUUUGAGGAAGGCUGAAAACGUUGAGGACGGUCUCCACUUCAACGUGUUCACUGUGGACUUCAACGAGGAGCUGGUGGCCCUCUAUGGCGGCAGUCUGCUCAGGCAGACCCACUUCCUGCAUGAGAGCAUUAAGGCCAUCCUGAGGCUCUACAAGCACCUGAAGUCCCCCCCUCAGAGUGUGGUGCUGGUUGGUCACUCCAUGGGCGGAGUGCUGGCCCGGGCGCUCUUCACUUUGCCCCGCUUCAACACCAAUCUGGUCGGCCUCAUUGUUACCCAGGCCUCCCCCCACCUGGCUCCGGUGCUGGCCCUGGACCCGUACCUGCUGGAUUUCUACUCUGCAGUCAGACAGAAGUGGGUGAACCAGGCAAAAAAGCUCAGGAACGUCACAGUUCUGUCUGUUGGGGGCGGUUACCGUGACUACCAAGUCCGCUCCGGCCUGACAUCCCUGCCUUGUACCCCAGGAGACCCCAAUAAGCUGUCCCUAGUGGCAACUGCUGUUCCCAGGACUUGGGUGUCCACUGACCAUCUGUCCAUCGUUUGGUGCAAAGAGCUUGUUCUCGCUACUGUUCGGGCCUUCUUUGACCUCAUCGAUCCUGAAACCAGACAGUUCACAGUUAACCCGGAGAAGAAAAUGGCUGUACUAAAACAUCACUUCGUCAGACACCCUGUCCGGAUGCUGGGAGAAACUGAAGACAUCUCCAUCUCAGAUUUUCCUGAUGAAUGGAGUGAAGUUAACACACUGCGCCUGGCUUACAGCACACCGAAGGAAGGACAGGUCAAGUACUUUCGGUUUGCCCUGUCGAGUCGCAGGAAAGCCUACAGCCAUUUCUACUGCCGGAGCAACAACAUGGAGAUGACAAGCUGGGUGUACGGCUGCGUGCACAAGAACAGCUCUUCAUGUGUGCAUGCAGAGGAUCUGUCUACGGAAACUGAGCUUCUGCCCCCCUACAAGAUCCUGAUUCUGAGUCUGAGUGAUUUGGCUUCAUUUACUCAUCUCGUUGUUUCUGCCUCCAACCUCAACGGCAAGCAGUUCACGGUGGAAUGCGAGUGGCAGAGACAAGAGUCUCAGACUCUGUCCGUCCCAGUGCCACAUGUCCUGUCCUUCGGUUUCACCGUCAGCGACGUUUCUCUCAACUCGUCUGGACUUCUUCACACCAUCAAGCUGCAGCACUUUCAUCAGGUCUAUCAGGCUUUCCGAAUUACUGUUGCAAGCCAGUGCAAAGUAAAUAAAGAUCGACUGCCCAAUGUGUACAGAAUCCACGUGCCGUGGUUUGGAGAGGACUCUUUAACCACAGUCAGUGUGCCAUCAGUGACCGAAUUCUCAGGGAUGCUCCACACAAGUCGUCCGGACAACUCCUCAGGUGUCCUCCUUCAGCUCCACACUGCUCCCAACUGCCAGUAUAAGGUGUCAGUGAGGACUUCACUACCCCGGGUGCUGGGACAGAUACUUCGGUUCUGUGGUCCCAUGGUGCCGGUGUACACAGCUGUAACUCUGCUCCAGGCCUGUGGGGGGCAGCUGUCCUCCAUCCUGAAUAGGAGGCGAGCUGCAGACAUGAGCCUGGUGGUCGCCAAAGGCCUGCAGCCGCACAAAGUCAAUCUGCCUGUCUAUCUUGUGCACAUCUUACUUGGCUGCAGCUGGUUUCAAGAGGUCUGGUCAUUUCUUUACUUCCCCCCUAUGGAUGCCCUCCCUCCAACCCAGCCUGAUGUUGGAUCUCCUGAAGGCGUGCCUCCAGUGGAAGAAUGGCCCUUCCUUCUGUCCCCCUUACUUUACAUCUUGGGAGCAACCGUGGCAUACUGGGGCAGCACACUCCUCCGUUUCAUCAUGCGCCUGAUAUCAGUAAUAUUAGCUCCACUGCACAGGCCAUCUGUCACUAGAGACUGUGGCACCCUGCAACUCCGGACCCAGCUCCUCGUCACUCUGUGUCUGAUAGUUAUGGGAGGGGUGUCCUGUGGGGCGCUGGCUAUCUUUGCUGCCUUUCUGCUCCACUUUUACCGGUUACUGCGGCUGCAGAUGACUGAAAGGUCCUUGAGUCACAUGCUGAAUCUGGCCCCCGAGAAGCACAAGAUAGCUGAGAACGGCACAGUCGAUUCAGAAUCUCUGCGCAAGUCUAAAGAAUGCAAUGGUGCCCCCCUGCUGUCUGAGUGUGCUCUGCAGGAGGUCAGGGACGAUUUGCAGCUCCAUCUCUGCCUGUCGGCGCUAUCCACACUCCCAGUGAUGCUCAUCGCACCCUCACUCAUCCACUGGAUCCGCAACCUGAGGUAUUCCACCCAGCUAGAUCCUGACCCUUGCUGGCCAAGCAGUGUGCCUCUGAUCAUUGUGUACAUCCUGCUGAUAAACUGCAACACCUUAAAAAUCAGCAACAGCAAACUCCUGCCUCUGAUGUCCUGCCUCCCCCUCCCCUUGUCCAUCGCCAUGGUGACCUUCUCUCCGCUGCACCUCUACAGAGUCACCCACUUCCUAUUGGCGGCACUCGUCCCUGUAGCCUUGUGCUGCAUGCUCUGACGGUAUCUGUCCCAUUCCAGUCUGCCCCUCUACCAUAACAAGCCUUUCUCUAAAUUACAGCCUGAUGCGCUGAACCGGCUCGAGAGAGCUUUGUUCGAGGAGGACGUGCUCUAUCCUGCUGCCAUGGAGUAGAGCCAUAAACAUACAUAGCUUGGGGAACUGUGUGCUCAAUGUUGGCACUAAAAGCUCCUCGGCAAUUACACUACGUUUUCAAAUGAGAGGAUGUAACGGCCUUGGAACGUUUGGUGUGAAUAUGGCUCUGAAGGAUUGACCUGAAACCAAGUUUGCCUUUCUCUGUAUAUUUAUAGCUCUGCCUUCAAGGAGCAACAACUCCACAACCAAUGAAGCUACUGAUACUAUAGAUUCUUACCAGUGUGUUGAAAUGUGCUCUUUUUCUUGUGGUUCCAAUUGUCUCCGGUUGCAUUGUUCACUGCGGUCACUUUGCUGUUAACCCUUCACUCCCUACUGCUUAGACGGGACAAGAUAACACACUUUAUCUUUACUUUUUGACUGUUAAAGCACACAAAACAGUGGCUUCGGUGCAUGUGAAGGAUCUAAUCCGUUACGCAUCUUUCACAAGAACAAAGUUAGGAUCUACUCCAUGUUCUCUAAGAUACUGUUGUGUAGCUAAACACAGUUUCUGUAGGGGUGGUCAGGCUGCACGAUGUAUUCAUUUCAGGGUGGCAGAUAAAUCUGUCUUGUUGCUUUUUUUUUUUUUCAGUCUCAUUGACUGAAGAAAAUUGAAUAGUUGACAUGCCAUACACAACGUUCACAUUUGAAUCUAUAUCAACAUUCAAAUGCUUUCUUUUUUUAGCAUGUCAAUCUACUCUGUUUACACAAGGUAUGUCUGCACAGUUCCAGUUAUAGAUUUAUUUCAGUUGUACAAUCCAAACUUUUCCAACAAUGACAAAUAUAGAUCGUUUCCAGAAAAAACACUGCCGUGAUCUAAUGAAAUCUUUUUCAAAAAAGCUAUUUCACUGCCGUCAAAUCUGCUGCAAACAAAAGCACCUGUAUUAUAAACCUUCGGCCUAUUUGCUCUUUCGUUCCCUGACUCAGCGAAAGGCUUCUCUAAAAUAAGCGCCUAAUAGUUUUCUGGUCAGAAAUAAGAGUGAUUGGGGUUUUUUCCACGUUUGUAAGAAAUGAGCCAAGAAAUGAAAGCAAAUAUGAGAUAAUUAGGAAAUUUUGCGGUUUUUGCAUUGGCAAAAGGCUCGUCAAAAAACUCUUAAUGGCUCUAAAUAUAAACAUUUUGAUCCAACAGAAGCAUUUUAAACGGCAUGAAGAAGCUCUGGGGUGUCCUUCCACACUCUGAGAGGUCUGAGAGGCGCUUUAGGCCCCAGCGUUAUACCAGUGACACCUGUCAUGAAGAUUUUUAUAGGUUUAAAAUGGCCUAUUAGUUCUGCCUUCUUUCUGGCUGGUCUUAUUCCUUUUUUUAUUGUGGCACCCCACCCAUUUGCUGGGUAAAAUUAAUUUAUACGUCUCAUGGGGAUGUAUGUGUUCAUUAUAUGUACAUAUCUAUAAACCCUUUUUUUUAAUAGAUCAUGGUUUACAGCAUAUUAUUUAACUAAGGAUAUUAAAGUAGAAUGGACAUGACACAUUUAGAAUUCUUUCUGUAUUGAUUUCAAUUUUUGUGUUGCGUAUGUGUUGUUCCCCAGCCAAUUAAUCACUUGUGCUCAAGUAACCUAUUUGUACAUCGUAUUGCUAGAUGGUCUAAUUGCUAAAUGAUUAAUUGUGGUUCAAUCCCCCCCCCUCCCCCACAUGACCGUGGCCAAAGUGGAGGAAUGCACAAGUGUUGACUGGUAAAAAGGCAAUGAGGUGAUUGGGCUCGCAAGGUUCAAAAAGCAGAUUACGUAUUUUCUCUGGGCCUGGGAUUUAUGGUCAGUGAGGAUUAUGGGAUGUCUGUAGUGCUGCAGCACAUCCAAACUUCGAUUUGAGAUUUAAACAGCCGCUUCAAGCUCCAUAUUGGGACUGGAGUUGCUGCUUUGUCGGUUAAUAAGUAUCCUGUAUGUAAUGGUUCCUGGUCCUAAUGGCAGGUGUACAGGUGAGUACUGUAAUGGAUACCAACACCUUACUCUUUGUAAGUUUUUGAGUUUUUCAUCACACAUCACAGAACUACUGGGCUGGGUGUCAUUUUGAAAGUUUUGAAAUAAGAAAAAAUACUUGAAUGCUUUUUUUAAGCUUGUCCCACUAUAAUGUGGGACAAGCUUAAAAAAAGCAUUCAAGUAUUUUUUCAAGACCUUCAAGAAUAAAUUAGAGGACCAGUUUGGAGCUGUUCCUUAUUUCUCAUGUCAACAAAAGCCAACAGUACACAAAGCCUUUUGCUUCCGACUGAUGAUGUUGCAAAAAAAAUGAAUGCCCACAAAUGUAUUAUGUCUUUGUUCAGUAAUGCCCUGAAACAGCUGGCCACUGUAGUGUUUAUUGAAUGUUACUUGAAUGGGAGUUAAUAGUGGAUAAUCAAUGGUUGGUUUAGGUCUUAUGGGAUUUGUUGACAGGAAAAUAUCAGACCAGAGGACAGGUGUUCUAUGGGGAGGAGGAGGUCUCAUUCGGUAUAUUUUUGCUUCAGGCCGGCGUAACGAUUGCUGUGCGUCUGCGUGUGUGGUUUCAGCAUGUAAGCCUAACCGUUUCUUUCUGCCGAUGACUCGAGAAGCCGGUUAACUCUUGCGGGUGCUCUCACUGCUUAGUUGUGGACUUUCAUAACGUUCCAUUUACAUUUUUUACAAAACAUGCAAGUUAAAAAGAAACUACAAGUGGCAGAUGAGAGAUUGAUGUAUCACAACUGAACCUCAGCUUUGUUUCUCCUCGACGCCAUGUGCUUUAAUAACUGCCUCUCGUCCUCCUGCUGUUGCUCACACCCCCUCAUGGCAGUGAAGCAGCUGCUGUGCCUUUCUGCUUCCUUGUGCUUAUGCAGCAGUGCGUCUCACACCCGCCCUUCAGUCCUCAGCACCAGUCUCUCUGCCCGUAUGUCUGGCUCUGUCCCAGCGAUGUCACACCAGUGCAAACACUGAAGAAGAGUUGAUAAAGGAAGCGUGCAGCGAACAGCUGCUGCUCCCUGAAUGUACUGGCAUUGCAUGUGUUCACGUGCGUUUCACUAGUCGCUUGUGAUGUAAGUGAUCAGCUUCGCUGUGCACGUGUCCGUUUGGUGCCGUUGUAGUGUUUGAGGUGCACAUCGGGCCUUGUGAAGUGGUGGUACGUGUGACUUUGUUGAAGAAAGGUUUUCAAAUUUUUUGUAUGAAUUGAAAUGGUUUUAUCGGUGUUCACUGUGAUCAUGUCCUAGUUGCAGAACGACACAUGAGGUUGUGUUUUUUUGUCUCACAUUUAAGUAAUGAGGCCUUUAGAUUCAAUCAGAAUGAAGAUAAAUCUUUAACGAUUCAGGAUUCUUUAGGAAUCAAAGUCUAAGCACUCCAUAUUAAAUACUGCCAUUUUUUUACAGCGCCAUGUUGAAGUGCAGCUGUGAGAAAUGUGUCCAUACAUUAACUAUUAAUUUGUGUUCCAUUGUAAAUUAUGGAUGCUAACCAAAACUGAAGUCUCUGAAACUAUAAAAUGAUUUUUUUUCAUUGUCUCUGUGGUGAUAUGGAAGUAAACAUUUUUUUAAAUGUUCCUACUCUUUAUAAGUGCUUUACAGUCUGGUAACCCCAUCAGCUUUUCUUUAUUCUGCUUUUGCCUCGAGUGACUUUAAAAACCUGUAACCUCCACCUGGCUGCUCCUUGUGCUGAAAUAAAUAGCCUUCCGACCUUUGUGAAGAUACUACAACAAGCUGCCAGGUGAUCGAAUAAAAAAUGCACCAUACCCGAGGGGUUGUUUUUCUAUUUUCUUGUGGGGCUUUGGUGUGGAAGAGUAUUUUAUCCUCAGGUUCAGGCAUUAUUGUGUCAAAAUUGAUUGCUUUGAUGUUUUUAUAUUUCUCACAUUUUUAUCUGUCAUUGUAAAUGUGAUACCUGUGCACUUUUGGCACUAUUGUUGUUGCAAUAAAAAGAGAAAUGACGAGU